UCCCUCGCAAAACCGGAAAAAGCUGAUGGUGGCUGGCGAGGUCCAAACCUCCCUCGUCUCUCAUCUAUUUAUUUCCCCGCCUCCUCAGCGGAAGCCGAGCGCCAAACUCAAACUUUGUCGGGACCCGGACGCCUUUCAGGCUGGUGCCGCGAGCUGGGCCUGCUGGGCUUCUCUGCGCACCGGGCGGGGCAGCGGUCCAACAUGAGUCAGGUUCUGUUCCAGCAGCUAGUCCCGUUGCAGGUGAAAUGCAAAGACUGCGAGGAGAGGAGAGUAAGUGUUAGAGUGAGCAUUGAACUACAAUCAGUUUCUAAUCCAGUUCACAGAAAGGAUUUAGUUAUCCGUCUGACUGAUGAAACUGAUCCAUUUUUCCUAUAUAACCUUGUUAUAUCUGAGGAAGAUUUUCAGAGUUUAAAAUUUCAGCAAGGUCUUCUGGUAGACUUCUUAGCUUUCCCACAAAAAUUUAUAGAUCUCCUUCAGCAAUGUACUCAAGAGCAUGCCAAAGAGAUUCCGAGGUUUUUGUUACAGUUAGUUUCUCCAGCAGCUAUUUUGGAUAACUCUCCUGCCUGUUUAAAUGUGGUAGAGACAAAUCCUUUUAAGCAUCUCACACACCUCUCACUAAAAGUUUUACCUGGAAAUGAUGUGGAAAUAAAGAAGUUUCUAGCAGGCUGUUUGAAAUGUAGCAAGGAAGAAAAAUUAUCGUUGACACAGUCACUAGAGGAUGUUACUCGGCAACUGAAUUUCACACAAAAGACAUUAUCAGAAAAAAUCCAAGAAUUAGAUAAGUUACGGAAUGAAUGGGCAUCACACACAGCAGCAUUGUCAAAUAAACAUUCUCAGGAACUGACAAAUGAGAAGGAAAAAGCCUUACAGGCGCAGGUUCAACACCAACAGCAACAUGAACAACAGAAAAAAGAUUUAGAAAUCCUCCAUCAACGAAACAUCCAGCAGCUACAGAACAGAUUGUCUGAGCUAGAAGUGGCUAAUAAAGACCUAACUGAAAGGAAAUAUAAAGGCGACUCCACCAUCAGAGAACUGAAAGCAAAACUGUCUGGUAUUGAAGAGGAGCUCCAGCGGACUAAGCAAGAAGUCCUCUCUUUGCGAAGAGAGAAUUCCACACUAGAUGCUGAAUGCCAUGAAAAAGAAAAGCAUAUUAAUCAGCUGCAAACAAAAGUGGCUGUUCUAGAACAGGAAAUCAAGGAUAAAGACCAGCUUGUUUUAAGAACAAAAGAAGCGUUUGAUACAAUCCAGGAACAAAAGGUGGCUUUAGAAGAAAAUGGUGAGAAAAAUCAGGUACAACUAGGAAAACUUGAAGCUACCAUAAAAUCAUUAUCAGCAGAACUUCUUAAGGCAAAUGAAAUUAUCAAGAAGUUACAGGGGGAUCUGAAAACUUUAAUGGGUAAAUUGAAACUGAAGAAUACAGUUACCAUUCAGCAAGAGAAACUCUUGGCUGAGAAGGAAGAAAAAUUACAAAAGGAACAAAAGGAAUUACAAGAUGUUGGACAGUCUCUCCGAAAUAAAGAGCAAGAGGUAUGCAGAUUACAAGAACAAUUAGAAGCUACAGUUCAAAAACUUGAAGAAAGCAAACAGCUUCUAAAAAAUAAUGAAAAGUUAAUCACCUGGUUAAAUAAAGAACUAAAUGAGAAUCAGCUAGUGAGAAAGCAAGACGUGUUGGGACCUUCUGCUACUCCACCUAUACAUUCUAGUAGCAACACCAUCAGAAGUGGAAUUUCUCCUAACCCUAACAUGGUUGAUGGCAGACUUACUUACCCAACUUGUGGAAUUGGUUAUCCUGUCCCCUCUGCAUUUGCUUUCCAGAAUACUUUUCCUCAUCCUUUAUCUGCCAAAAACACUAUCCACCCAGUUUCAGGACCAAAGGUUCAUUUUAACUUGCAGUUUACAAAACCAAAUACAUCAUUAGGAGAUGUUCAGUCAGGAACAACUGUUAGUAUACCUUGCUCAACUGAUAAGGAAAAUGGUGAAAAUUUAGGGCUGGAAUCCAAAUAUCUGAAGAAAAGGGAAGACAGCAUUCCUUUACGUGGGCUCAGCCAAAAUCUCUUCAAUAAUCCAGACCAUCAAAAAGAUGGCACGUUAGCAGCAUUACAGACAUCCUCAAAACCAACAGCGCUCCCUUCUGCAUCUUCAGCAUAUUUCCCUGGACAGUUACCCAACAGCUAAUCCUAGGGCCAUCUUUUACUUUUUAUUGAAAUUUUAGAAAUUCAGUUAGUUUCAAAAUAUAUAAACAGCAUUAACAGAUCAAAUCCUAAACAAGCAAGUUUCAAAGUUUACUUGAGCAACUAUAUGAGAUUGUUUGGAUCUUUUAAGUACUGCUGUCAUUAUGACAGACAGUUUAGAGGAGCAAACUUGUACCGUACUUGAGAACUGGUGAAGAUUCGGAGAAAUGACACUCUUUAGUUUGUGAGCAUGGCAUUUUAUAGAAUAAUAGUAUGAACUUUAUUAAACUAAUCCUUAGAAGUUCUUACAAAUUCUAAGGAAAGAGUUGAUCUUUAUAAGGGACAUUCUAAUCAUAUUGAAUAUCUGUGUUAAUCAAACUUGUUCAGAUGUAAUAGGAAACCAAAGAAUGCUAAUAAUUCAUUUUAUCAUCUUCAUUGGUAAAAUAAGUUUUAAAUUUGCCACCUAAGAAUUAUGAGGGAAGAUGAUUAUCUCCUAUCUUAUGUUAUCAAUGAUAUAUACAGUAAAGGGAAAAGUCCUAAAAUUACCUUAAAUGAAUUAAAUCUUCAUAACAGGUCAUUUUCCUUGAAACACUUAAAUGAGCUAUUGAAUAAGUGUAUUAGUUAAUUUUGAUAAAUUUGUUAUACAAGUAACUGAUAGUUAUUUACAUGGCCAGAUUAGGUAUAAAGUGCUUUAGUCAUUUGAGCUGCAAAGUUUAUAGGAUUUUAUUGCUUCCUGAAGUCUAUACCCAUCCAAUUUUUCUUUCAUUUGGAGUUUUAUUUUUUUAUGCAAUUAAAUCUGUAUUAGUGGGAUUUUGUUUUAAAAAUUAGUACUAUACAAAAUCUAUAUUAUAAGAGCAUCAUGAAUAUUCAUUGUAUUUGUUUUUUUAUUUCAAAAUGGGUUUAAUGUUUGCUUAAUAAAGUAAGCAAAAUGAGUAACUUAGAAGUUAAAACUUUCUUCUCUUCCCUGUAAGUUUCAAGUAAGAAUUGUUCCUUGGAAAAAAUUAGGUGGUUGUUAAAAUUCACCCAGAAUCAUAGGGCCCCAUUUUUUCCUGUUGACAACCAUCCAAUAGAGUAGCAUUCUCUUAAGAAAUGUCUAAAUCAAUUUUUCCUUGCAAAGAUUGUUAAUGCUCAUAUGACCUUUUAAAAAUUAUUUCCAAGGACCAUAUUAUACAGAUGAGACAUUUGAAGAUAUUAAUGACAUACCAGCAGUUCCAUGGUAAGACAAAGAAUCUUUGCUAAUUUCUUAAUGAAGCCAUGAUAUUGAGUCUUAAACUUGAAACUGUGCUGGCAAUUGCAAGCCAUCUUCAAAAGGGAACUAAUCUGGGCCGGCCGAGUGGCGCGAUGGUUAAGAACCGGCUUGGGACGCCAGAGGGCCCCGGUUCGGA